GAAGGCAGAGGGAGAGAAAACAUCAGGCUCAUUCACAAUGUGACCCUGCGAGACAAAUGAAUAACUCCCACAGGCGGCGCUAAAGUGCAGGGUUGGACUAAGGGAGCGAGUUAGAGAGGGGUAAGAGCUCUGGUGCUGAGUGUUUUGAGAUAGAAAGGUCAGACCGGGGGUGGGAUGAGUUGGAGACAAUACAGACGUAGGUGAGGGACAUACUUUAGGAAGUUUCAGUGUCGGUGAUGAGCAGAUAUAGAGCCAUACACACUUCCUGGUGACUUCGGAGCGUUUCCAGGACAGCAACGAGGAUGAACUGGCAGGUAGCGACAUGCUGUUUCUUUCUGGGAGUUACCACAGUGUUGUGUAGUCUGGAUUUUACCUACCAUGACAAUAAAGCUGUGGAAAACUAUUUGAAGGCUAUAAAUAAAAAUUACUCAUCAAUAACAUAUCUUCACAGUAUCGGGGCCUCUGUAGCAGGUAACCAACUAUGGGUUUUGGUCAUUGGAUUACAUCCUUCCCAUCAUAUGAUUGGCAUUCCAGAAAUGAAAUAUGUUGCAAAUAUGCAUGGUAAUGAGGUGGUUGGCAGGGAAUUAAUGCUUCACCUAAUAGAAUACUUGGUCACAAGUUAUAAAACUGAUAUGGUGAUAUCACAAUUGAUAAACAAUACCAGGAUCCAUAUCAUGCCUUCUAUGAAUCCAGAUGGGUUUGAUGCAUCAGUUCAAGAUUGUUACGGCAUAAUUGGCAGGACGAAUAAAAAUGGAUAUGACCUGAACAGAAACUUUCCUGAUGCCUUUGAUUUAAACCCUAAUCCUAUCCAGCCAGAGACCAGGGCAGUGAUGGACUGGAUUAAUAAUGAAAACUUUGUCUUGUCUGCCAACUUCCAUGGUGGAGCUGUAGUGGCUAGUUAUCCUUAUGAUAAUGCAAAUUCAGAAAACAAUGAAAUAAGUCCAGACAAUGAUUUCUUCAAGAAUCUUGCAACAUUGUAUGCAACCAACCAUGCUAACAUGCAUCAAGGCGUUCAGUGUCUAAACACGGCUAUUUUUCCUAAUGGCAUCACCAAUGGUUACUUGUGGUACCCAGUUCGAGGUGGGAUGCAGGAUUACAAUUACAUCUAUGGCCAGUGUUUUGAAAUUACCAUUGAACUUUCAUGUUGCAAAUAUCCAGAUGCAUCAAUGCUGUCCGAGUUUUGGAGUGAAAAUAAAGUUGCUCUAAUUGAAUACAUAAAGCAAGUUCAUAAGGGAGUAAAAGGACAGGUGUUUGACCUGCUAGGAUAUCCCAUUCCUAAUGCAAUUGUGGAAGUUAAAGACAGAAACCACAUUAAACCUUAUAAAACCAAUAGUAAUGGUGAAUAUUAUCUUCUCCUCCUACCAGGAGUCUACACAGUCAUUGUGUCAGCCUCAGGUGUGUCAACUCUUCAGACUGUUAAUAUCAAAGAAAGUCAGAAUCUUUAUGCAAUGAAACAGGACUUUUUAUUACAUUUGCCAACGUCAAGUGUAAAUAGCCAUCUACAAAUUUGUACUUUACUCUCCUUCUUAAGUACCAUAUUGGUAAUAUUCUGUACUUGAUUGUCCCAAGAAGCUGAACUAGAGAAAUCUACUGACACAAAACUGCCUUAUUGCUCUGCCGUUGGUGCAUAGAGACGCUGCCAAGAAAUAUCUGCAGGAAAUGACAACAUUUUAGUUAUGGUUAAAAAAUGGCAUCUGUGUGUAUUUAAAUAUAUAAUGCAUUAAAUAAAUAUCUAUGUAUGAAAGUGAAUGUAUCAGAAUAAAGUACACGGAGAACAAUUCUAGUUGCCAUGUUA